AGAGAGCGCUGGUGGUGGGGCCGGGGCUGGGCAGACGCCGGUGUGGCCGCGCGCGCGGCGGAGGCACCCAGCUGGGUCCCUGGGAGUCCCGAGCCCCGCGCGGGGAUCGCCCACGAUGCCCCGUGGGGACUCGGAGCAGGUGCGCUACUGCGCGCGGCUCUCCUACCUCUGGCUCAAGUUCUCGCUCAUCACUUACUCCACCGUGUUCUGGGUGAUCGGGGCAUUGGUCCUGUCUGUGGGGAUCUAUGCAGAGGUCGAGCGACAGAAAUACAAAACCCUUGAGAGUGCCUUUCUCGCCCCCGCCAUCAUCCUCAUCCUCCUGGGAGUCAUCAUGUUCAUUGUCUCUUUCAUCGGCGUGCUGGCCUCCCUUCGGGACAACCUGUGCCUUCUCCGGUCGUUCAUGUACAUCCUUGGGCUUUGCCUCAUCAUCGAGCUCAUUGGUGGUGUGGUGGCCUUGACCUUCCGGAACCAGACCAUUGACUUUCUGAAUGACAACAUUCGAAGAGGAAUCGUGAACUACUAUGAUGACCUGGACUUCAAGAACAUCAUGGACUUUGUUCAGAAGCAGUUUAAGUGCUGUGGUGGGGAAGACUAUCGAGAUUGGAGCAAGAACCAGUACCACGACUGCAGCGCCCCUGGACCCCUGGCCUGUGGGGUGCCCUACACGUGCUGCUUCAGAAACACGACAGAAGUCGUCAAUACCAUGUGUGGCUACAAAACCAUCGACCAGGAGCGGCUCAGCGUGCAGAACAUCAUCUAUGUGCGGGGCUGCACCAACGCCGUGCUCAUAUGGUUCAUGGACAACUACACCAUCAUGGCUGGCAUCCUGCUGGGCAUCCUCCUGCCCCAGUUCCUAGGGGUGCUGCUGACUCUCCUGUACAUCACGCGAGUGGAGGACAUCAUUGAGGAGUACUCGGUCACCGACGGCCUCCUGGGGCCCCGCGCCAAGGCCGACGUGGAGGCCGCGGGAGCCGGCUGCUGCAUGUGCUACCCCACCUAGGACC